UAUGGCGGCCAUACUUCUACUUCUUCUAAAUCAUCUAUUUCCACGUCUUUUUCUUCAUCUUCUUCCACGCCAUCUUCUUCCAAAUCAUUUACUUCCAUUCCUUCAUUUUCUUCUUCACCUUCUCCUGUGAAUGUUCGCAAAAGUAUUUUUGCUCCACGUCCAACUGCAGCACCUGCAGUAGCAGCAGCUCCUAUGCCUUGCGCACCUAAUCCAGCAGCCCCUAUCGAUUGCAGUACAGCAACGGUACUCCCAGCUGCAACUCCUCCUCCGUUAGCUACGGCUGCAGCCGACAUGAGAUGUGCUCCAAUAGAUCCAGCUGCAAUUCCAGCUCCAGUAAAACCCAAAACAACAGGAGCAGCUGCAACAGCUGCAACAGUAACUGUAGCUCCUGCUACUAAAUCCAUACCU